AGGUCAUACAUGCAUCACGGCAAUACGAAAGCUACAAUUCUCGAAACUCGAGGCUCACAGCCGUGACAAGAACCAAUCCAAAUAGCAAGUCUAAUCUACUCCUUGGCAUUAUUCCGACCUCAAAUUGGCGCGUCCGAGGACGAGACAGCAAUAAUCUGUUGGUGCCUGGUCAAUGAAGUUGGAUCCCAAUCUUGAAAUCUCGGGGCUGCUGCUCUCAUGGCGAACGAGCAGGAGCUGACCCGAUCCGAGGUGUUGAAACGGCAACGCCGUCGACGUGAGAAACAGCAAUUGUCUUGCAACCCUUGUAGGGCGCGAAAAGUCAGGUGUGACAGAUACAAACCAUGCGAGAGAUGUCAUAGCCGAAAUGCAGAAUCUACGUGUAUCUAUGCUCCGCUACGGCCGACUGCGACACCAAACAGCCCUCAAGCCCGUUCGAGUGGUGUUCACUUAUCGCAACGUUCGAAAGCUUUGACGACCACUGAAUCAGAGCACAUCGAUCAACGCCCACAAGCUCCGUCUUCCACUUGGGAUAACGUGGCCGAAGGCUCCUGCGGGCGAAUCGACGUCAACCCAGAUGAGACCAACUACAUAGGUGGUGAGCAUUGGGCGGUCUUAGCAGACAAGUUAGCAGCAGACCAGUUAUCGCAUGGAAGCACGCCAAAAUCAUACGACGGCAACCAUCUCACAUUGUCGAAUAAUCUACCAGAUUUGUUCUCAGGAUCUUACACUGGCCUGACGUUUCCUGAGCUCUUGGCUUCGAUUCCCAACAAACUCCAGGUCGACAGACUCAUUUCCAAAGCCUUCCAAUCGAUUCCUGGCGUCGGAUUUACCCUCCAUGCACCAACAUUCCAGGCUCAGUAUGAACAUUUCUGGGACCACCAAGAUGCCGUUUCAGCGAAUUGGAUCUCUGUUCUUUUCAGCUUGAUGUCUUUGGGCUCUGAAUUUUCCGAGUAUCCGAACGGACCCAUGUCUCAGGGUCAUGACACGGCCUCACACUUUCGUCGACAAAGCGCAAAGAGCCUUAUUGUUGCAAAUUACGCCAGACCAAGUGCCCAUACAGUUGAGGCACUCAUGCUGUAUCUAUAUUGCGAACUCCUGCGCAGUGACAGCACAAGUUUUGGGUUGAACCUAGUCUUGACGACGACGAUACGCACCGCGAUGAGAGUAGGCUAUCAUCGGGAUCCAUCGCACUACACGAACAUUUCGAUUUUCGCUGGGGAAAUGAGACGACGAGUCUGGAACCUUAUUGUGCAGCAGGACAUAACACUCUCACUGGACGUUGGUCUUCCCCGGUUAAUCCAUCCUUCUACAACGGACACGAAAGAACCGCGCAAUUUGUUUGAUGAGGACUUGUACCCAACUAUCACAGUCCUUCCUCCGUCAAGGCCCGAACCUGGAUCCGCAAAUGCUGCUUAUGUUCUUGCAAGGUCACGACUCGCCAGUGUUCUUGGAGAGAUCCAGGAGCAUGUUAUGGCUACCACAAUGCUAUCUUAUAGCAAAGUCGUUGAGCUCGAUGGCCUGCUCAGCCAGACAUACGAAGCAAUUCCGACAAAUCUGAAACAUCAACACAAUUACACAGUGACAGAUUCCCCAAUGGUUAUCAUUCGUCGGUUGAUGCUAGACCUUCUUUUCCAAAAGGCUCGAUGCGUCCUGCAUCGACGAUUCAUGAAACAUAGUGACCUUGUGUCAUGGAAGGUUUGUCUGGAAGCUGCGUCAAAAAUAGUCCGACAUCAGUCCUUCCUCUACCGGGAGUCGCAGCCUGCUGGAAUCCUCUGGGGUCAUAAGUGGAAGGUCACCUCAAUGGCCCGAUUUGAUUUCCUUUUGGCUGUCAUGAUUAUUUGCCUGGGAGUGAGAUCUCUAGCAAGAUUAAAGACUGUUGCAGAACGACCUGCGGAACUUGCUGAAAGCACUCUGUCUUUGGAGCAUUUGCAAGGCGUGCUUGAAGAAUCGUAUCUUGUUUGGAAGGAAUGGGGUAGCGAAGUCAAGGAAAUUGGAAAGACUGUUGACCUAGUCAAGUUCGUGCUGGAUAAGGUGCAACAAGAUUGUUCUGUCAUUCGUGUGAAUGGAUCACAGAAUGAUAAUUCGGUCUCAGAGCUUCGAAAAUUGGGUGAUACAGAGCCACAUACGUCAAGCGAUUGCAAUGUCCGCUCCUCGGACAAACACAGGAACUCGAGAAUCCUGGAAAAUCUCGAAGAAAGGCCUCCCGCUUCCAGAACCGAUUUCUUUCAGUCUUCGCAUCCGCCCAUUCAGGGCAUCACCGAAGUGAGAGACGAGUUCCUCUCAUCUCUAAGCAUGCUGGACGAUUUGAAUGAUGUUAGUGAUGAGAUUGACUGGGCUCUCUGGGAUGGUCAUCUGCAGCAGGCUGGGGCUGGAUAUCUUGAGCCGUAUGCCAGUCAUGCCUGGCCCUGAUAUUUGAUGUGGAACGACUGCAUUAGGUAGUAUAUUUCCACGAACGAUAUGUAAGAUGCAAUCCUCAGGAUCGCUCAGCCUGUUGGAACUUUAGAUAUGAACCGGCAGAUGAUACCAUGUGACUCGCGACUUUUGCCACUUUGAUGAUCAUCACA